AUGCCGCCCACGUUCGCCAAGCCGCAGAAGCGCCCGCGCCCCGCGAAGCGCACGCAGACCGGGAAGAUCGUCCUCCGCGUGGACUCGUCCGCGCGAUUGGACAGCCAUGUCUCCGCGACGCGAGCCAUCGCGGACGCCCUCUGCGCCAAGUUCGCGGCGGAGGGCGCGAACGUCGUGACGCGCGACCUCGCGCGUGUCCCGCCGUCGCUGAUCACGGAGGCGUGGAUCGAGCACGCGCCGCUGCCGCGCGACGACCUGUACUACGAGCUCGGCGACGAGACGACGGUAGAGGAGAAGGCGGAGCGCGAGGCGAGAGAGAUGAAGCGACGCGAGCUCAUGGAAGAGUCCGACGAGUACCUCGUCGAGCUCCUCAGCGCGGACGUCCUCGUCAUCGGCGCGCCGCUGUACAACUUUAGCGUCCCGGCGUCGCUCAAGGCGUGGAUCGACCUCGUCGUGCGCGACAAGCGCACGGUGCGCGACACGAGGGAGGGGCCCAUCCCGUUGCUGAAGGUGCGUUCUAUACACUGGUCCCCAUACGACCGCGUUGGCGUGGUGAACGCCGUUCCUUAA